AGACCAAAGGGGUCGAUCUUGAUUACGCAAUCAUUCCCUACCUACUUCUCCUUCUUAAUUCAUACAAAUUAUAAACAAUCACGCACCCUUGUCUCAAUCUCUCUCAUUUCUUUCCUCUCAGUUUUCCCGGAAAAAAAAAAAAAAAAACAACCAUGCUUAAUUCCGGGACUAAACAGCUCCAAAAUUCUGCACCAUCCCCUGAUCGCAUCGGACAUGGAAGUGACAGUCGUGAUAGUCAUCAAGCCACCCGGAACUAUGGUUCCCGGGUUGAAAAAGCAGCUCAAAAGUACUACACGAAGCACAAUAGCUGGAAUGGCAUGGAAGUGCGGUCUGCACCAUCAACGAAGGCGGUCGAUGAUGAUGAAUCUGAUGUUUGUCCGCCGCCUUCGUGGAAAACAAGUCCACCCAGAAGCCCGCAGCGUCGCGCAAAGCACUAUCGUAGCCUGUCUCCGGGAUCAAGAACGGAAGUCAUUGCCAGAGGCCAGGAGGAGCUCAUGGAAAUGGUACGCAACAUGCCCGAGUCCUGCUACGAGCUAACUUUGAAGGAUAUUGUGGAGCUGGAGCAGCCCUUGGCUGAAGCUCCAGUACGAGAAACCAUGUCGGAAGAGAAGAAUUCGAGCGAUCAAGUUUUGUACAAAAGGGAGAGCAGUAAGAAGAUGAGUGAGAAUAGGGCACUCGUGAGAAGAGGUUCUGGAGCCAUGGAUAGAGGAGGGCUCUAUCUUAAGAUGGGUUUUCCUUUAUAUUUAGGGUCGAAGAACAAGAACAAGAAAAAUAAUCAGCCUGUGACAAACACAAGUGCAAAAGUCUCUCCGAAGCCUCCGGCACCGGACGGAUCUGCAAAGGGUGUGGAUAAGGAGUGGUGGAAGAAGAGAAUUACAGCCUCUGCGGAAAGUGAAAGUGGGAGGUCGAGUAGCAAUGGCGGAAGCAUGAAAAGCAGCGGCAGCAGAAGCAGUACAACCGGCAGCACCAAUAGCAACAGCAGCAGAAGCAGAAGCAGGAGAACCAACAGCAGCAGCAGGCAUGGGAAUGGUGGCUGCUGCUGGUCUUUCCUCCGCGCCAAGAAAAAGCAAAAUUAGGAGCAAAUUAGCUGCCCCUGAUUGAAAUGGGAGUAAAAUGAUUUAAGUUUUCAUGUAAUUAUUCUUGUAAUAAUGUUUAGGAAUCACAGUAGAGUAUACAAGAUUAUCACAAAGGAAGUCUGCAACUUUAGUAUCUUUAUAUGCUUUACAGACUUUCCAAGAUUCCAUCUUUUUCUCUCCCUUUUUCAAGAGUUUCCUAUGUUAUUCACCCUCUGUUUGCCAAUACAUUAGUGGUUUGAUUACUUGAUUUAGAAGAUCUUAAACUG